AUGGUUAUCUGCAGAUAUCAAUCAAAAAGUUGCCUUGUUCUAGUAGGAUUGGUGAUAUUGGUCGCUGUGGUAUCGUUCGUGUUCGUAUACACUCAAAAUGCACCCAAUGGCGAAAUUCCAGACCCGCAAUUCGAGUUGCCACCGUCGAGCAUGCCAAUGGGAUCGUACAGCAACGUCGGCGUCGUGUCCAACGGUGGACCGUGCGCACAGAUCGGAGUGGAUGUGAUGCGUAACGGAGGAAAUGCCGUGGAUGCCGCUAUAGCAACAAUGUUAUGUGACGGUGUUUAUUGUCCUGAGUACAUGGGUAUUGGUGGAGGAUUUUUAAUGAGCAUCUACAACGCAACAACCAAAAAAGUAAUGACAAUCAAUGCACGGGAAAGUGCGCCGGCUGCAGCUACUUCUGAAAUGUUUGUAAAAGAUCCCAAAAAAUCGGUGCUUGGUGGCUUGGCGGUAGCGAUUCCGGGGGAACUCAAAGGCUAUUCGACGAUUUAUAAAUUGUACGGUGGUAAGGUUUCAUGGGAAUCAUUAUUUGAGCCAACUAUUAAGUUAUGUGAAAAUGGUAUAAAGAUUAGUGAACGUUUAGAGUUAAACAUGCGAAAUCACGAAGACUUGAUAAAGAAUGACCCAUUUCUCAGAAAAGCAUUAUUCGAUGAAACAACUGGAAAUUUAAAAAAAGUUGGAGAAGAGUACAAAUUACCAAAGUUAGCAGAGACGUUGAAAAUAAUAGCAGUUGAAGGUUCCGAUGCCAUAUACAAUGGGUCGCUAACAUAUCAACUAGUGGAAGAUUUAAAAAAAGUCAAUGGCAUUAUAACCGAAGAAGACUUAGCCAAUUAUGAGGUAGAAGUUGAAGAAUCUUUUUCCGUAAAUUUAAAAAGCGGACAUACAAUACAUGUGGGGCCACCACCUAGUUCUGGUGUAAUCUUAGCCUACAUACUUCGAAUAUUGGAUGGAAUAUUGCCAGCACCAAAUUCUGGAUUAGACGCACAUCGAUUGGUAGAGGCUUUCAAAUUUGGAUACGGCGAAAGAACACAUUUAGGGGAUCAUAAUUUCGUAAACGUUUCCAAAAUUUAUGAAAAAUUAUCAUCAGAUAGUUAUAUAGAUAGUAUACGAAAUAAAAUAUCCGAUAAUUUUACUUCAUUGGACCCAAAGUACUAUGGUGCUGACUUUGAUAUGCCAGAGAACCACGGGACUGCUAACAGUGUCGUAACGGAUUCAUGGGGGAACACUGUCGUGGGAACCAGCACUUUAAAUAUAUACUUCGGUAGUGGUUUCGUGUCUCCUAGCACUGGUAUUACUUUAAACAAUGAAAUGGACGAUUUUUCUACUCCCGGAGUCACUAACUAUUACGGAAUUCCAUCUUCACCCGCCAAUUUCAUUGAGCCAGGCAAACGACCAAUGUCGUCAAUGUGCCCAACUAUAAUCACCGACAAAAAAGGAGACUUUGUUCUGGGUGCAGGAGCAGCAGGUGGAUCGAAGAUCACGCUUGCUACUGCCUACGUGUCAGCCCUUAAACUAUGGUACAAUAUGACAUUGAAAGAAGUGAUAGACAAACCUAGGAUAUACCACCAACUUGUUCCUAUGGAAGUUCAAUAUGAAUACGGAACGAUAAAGUCUGUUGUACAAAAACUUAAAGAUAUUGGUCAUCCAGUAUCUAGGUUAAAGAAUACCAUAGGUUCAGCAGCGACAGCAAUUGCCAAAUCCCCCUCAGGAAUGAUCGAAACCAUGCCAGAUUUCAGACGACCAGGAAAUUCAUCCGGAUACUAA